UCGAACUCUCGACGUCCUGCUCCCCAUUCGCGAAUUUCCUUUGGGCCACGAAGCGACGGAGAUGGACUACGGCCGCGAACUCCUCCGCCGCCAGCUCACGGAGCUGAGCCGCAACCCGCCGGAGGGCGUCAGCGUUGGCCUGGGCGACGAUGAAAACAUCUUCCACUGGGAGAUCAUGCUCGUGGGCCCCCCGGAUACGCUGUACGAAGGCGGCUUCUUUCGCGCGCGCCUCGAGUUUCCGAAGGACUUCCCCAACAUGCCCCCGAAGAUGACGUUUAUCUCGGACAUGUGGCACCCGAACGUGUACCCGAGUGGCGUCGUGUGUAUCUCUAUCUUGCACCCGCCGGGUGAAGACCAGAUGAAUGCGCAAGAGUCUGCCGAUGAGCGAUGGCGCCCGAUAUUGGGCGUCGAAUCUAUCCUCGUCUCGGUCAUUUCGAUGCUGUCGGACCCGAACGACGACUCGCCGGCUAACAUAGACGCGGCCGUCGAGUGGAGAAACGACAAAGACGCUUUCAAGAAGCGCUGCCGUCGCAUUGUGCGCAAGUCGCAAGAUGAUAUUUAACGCGACCGCCUUCUCGUCGACGAUAUCUUUAAACAAUGAAUGUAAGCGAAAGCGCCGGGUGCUUGAAUUCGGAAGGCCACCGGAGAGGAAUGUCGUCGAUCAAGCCAAUCGCGUUGUCGUGUCACACUGAUCUCGCACAAUAUACAACGCAUCGAAGUUUUGCAAUGUUGGUAUGCAAGUAGCCCGGCCUGCGACUACAUCUGAUGCUCCAGUCCGAGUUGGCUUAGUGUGCGGUGCUGCAUUGCGGGGAGACGCUGCACCAUGAACGCCGUCGCAAUCUGAGAAGAGCGAUAUCGCGAUACGCACAGGGUUGCGUUCCUGGCCCAUCUCGUAUCGUGUGAGCUCGCGCUGCAAUUGUUCGCCACCAUGGUUCUCCAUUGUUCUGGCUGGUGGGACGUGACGAUGUCGAUAACAAAAGCAGGCCGCAGGCCACUAGCCUACAAAUCUGGGAUCAUUGGGGCUCGAACGUGCUGUGACGUCGGCUCUAGUGAAAAGUGCAGUGCCACCAGCUCCGUUUCAUGCGGCCACACUAAGCUAUUUUAGUGUUUCGGUGAAAUGGGGCUCAAACUGUGAGGUUUGAUGUCAAAUGAUAAAUUGGAAAACUGUG